AUGUUCUCAACACUGGUCAGAAGGGCCGCACAAGGCACGAAGCCAUCCUCCAGCGCAGAGUAUGUCCGGAAGAUGAGGGAGCUCUACCCUCCGAAGAAGGUCUGGCCGCCAGACUUCAAGAGAUUGUCGCCGCAGGAGCAGCUCAAGUUCGAGAAGAAGUUCAAGCGGAGGUUGGCCAUCGCAGCGGAACGGCCGCGAUGGGUAAAGUUCAUCAAGCUGGUGCAACUCUUCACUGUCACUUCGGUCAUUGUCUACGCAGCUCUGUUUAUGGACUGGAAGCAGGAACGGCAACCAUUUGAUGAUGUACGUCUCAGCAUACCCUGGCUGUGCAUAGGCGACGACUAA